CCAUAAUAAUAAGUACCAUAAGUUGGUUUGAAAAAAAAUAACUUUUUUUGUUUAGCAAAAUCAAAACCAAGACAAAACAAACGAAACUUACCCAUUAUAUUCUUGGCGAAACUGAAAAAAAAUCUUCUUUUCCCUAAAAACACAACCAAAAACUCACAAUAAAAUGAUGGCAUAUUUAAAUAUACGUGAAAUGAAUAUCACAUCAUCAUCAUCAUCAUCAUUAUCGUUUUGUUUGUUGAUUCAUUUAGUAAUGAUAGGAUUGGCUUUAUUGACUGUACAUGCCAUGCCAUCAUCGUCGUCUUCAUCAUCAUUACAACAAGAGUUAGAACAACAACAACAACAACAACAGCCAUCAUCAUCAUCAUUAUUAUCAUCAUCUGAUUUGAAUGAAUUACAAUUGCAACGAUUAUUGUUAUCAAAACGUGGCAACAAUUUAGGCCGAAAGCUGAUGUGUCAGAUUGAUCAUAGGAAUUGUCGAUCGUUUAAUGAAGCUAAACGAAUGAUGAAUUCGGCAACAACAACGACAAAUAUGGUUGAUGAAAGAAUUCUACAGAAUUUGGCCAAUUUAUUUGAAAGAAAUCCUGAUUGGAUUACGUCAUCGAUGAAAUGAAAA